AUGUCCGGCGACUUCUACUAUCCCCUCGCUCCACUCUAUGUCAUCGUCAACGACAAGGUGGAACUGUCGUGGUGGUCAACGUUUGCCGAACGACUACAGUUCUGGUGCUAUGAGGCCAGCACCAACCCAGAUCUAGGUUACAUAUACGAGUACGACGUUCCGCAGAAUGGCACUCAAGAUCUAUCGAUGCCAAUGCUGGAGCAGGACGUGAAAGAUUGGAGCGGGCCUGUCAGUUGCGGUAUCAAGUUCUAUGAGAGAGGUGGAACCACGAGUGUCUUUGCAGCUUCAGUCACCAUAACCUCCGUUGCGACUCAGCCCGCAUCAAUCUUCGCUUCAGCGUCGACUGUCACGCAGUACAGCACCGCCAACCGAGCUAAGGCUGGCAUCGGCGCCGGCAUUGGUGUUUCCGCAGUGCUUGUCGCGGCGGCUGCAUAUCUGUUCUAUCGCAAUCACCGCAAGCUGAAAGACCUCAACUCACGACUUAGCUACCAAUCUCAAGCGGAGCAGUUCAACAAGCCUCCGGGUGUUGCCGUCGCGCCUCAUGGAAGCAAUGGAUACGAGAGGCCGUACAGCGAGGCCACAAUGUCGCAGGUUCAUUCUUCGCCGCAGGUACCGGUACAGCUUUCAUAG